ACCCAGCAUGAGUUCUCCGGGAUAUUCAGCGGGUGCGGUAUCAGGGCCGCCUCCGCCGCCUCCGCCACCGGUACCUGGACAAGUGCCAGCCCUCAGGAUUAACACUGCGUCAGAAGUAGGUCCGAGGAAAUCGCAGCUUGGUCCGCAGGAUCCAUACGAGCCGCCGGCAGCCAUUCAGAACGCGAUGAUGACGAAGGAUAAGAAGCCAUUCACGUAUACGCCGGGCAUGGGAGGUAAGCUCGAUCUCUCGCAGAUCCGUAGUCCGCGGAUGGCACGGCGAGUCGCCAAGAACGCCAACGAUGAGGGCAUCGAGGGUCCACCAAAGUCCGCUCUCGCGCAGACUCCGCAUCAGCAACACCAGUCUACCGGCAUAUAUGCGCAGCCCCAGGUUGCCGUGCCGGUCUUUCCGCAGGGAAUACCACAGCAGCCGCCCAUUAAUCUCAAGAACAGUACACUCCCACGCUCCCUCCCCGGAGGAGGAAUCAUCGUUCCCGUUAUAGAAAGGCAAGCGGAUCCCGUACCGAGGCCAGUUGUUAAAGUCGAGACGAAGAUUCAACCAGUAGCCAAUAGUUCACCGGAUACCUUAACACCGCCGAUGUCGCCGACGCAGGUGACAUUGUCGAAAGCCCCGACGCCCUGGAUGCAAAAGCAAGCGAAGCAGUCGGAGGAGCUCCCAGAAUGGGCAAAGAGGACGGGUGGGAGUCCCGGUCAGGACGGGCCAUUCCCCGAUCCGAGCAGCCCCUUACUCCACGAGUUUUCAAGCUCACCCCGGCAAAUCGUCAAUCUACCGAGACAGCAACAGCAACAGUACCAACAGCAAUCGCCACAGCAGUAUCAGCAACAGUACCAACAGCAAUCGCCACAGCAGUAUCAGCAACAGUACCAACAGCAAUCGCCACAGCAGUAUCAGCAACAGCAGCAGCCAAUGCGACCGGUGCGCCAGGAUAGCGAGCGUAUCAUACCCAUUCGAAUCGAGGACAGGCCAUCGGUGUUCAGCGCCAUGAACGAACCCGGACAUCAUCAAUUAAUGAAUUCGGCUCCUCAUCAUCAGUCCCGUUGGGGAAAUCCAGUUGGACAAAGCGGGUAUCAGCAAGCACAAGGAGGAACUCACAUAAUACCGAUUCAGUUGGACGGACAACAGCAAUAUCAAGUGCCAAAUACUGUUCCCUCGCACAAUAUUGCCAAUAACAAUCAGACACAGUACAAUCAAGCGAACAGCAUUCCCAUAUCCAAUCAUCAAGUGAUCGAGCCAGGACCAGUACAAUCCAAGUCCUUCCGAGUAUUGCAGAAGAUCACGGACACAGAUCCCGAUCAAAUCGAUGAGGAGCAGCUACGCAAGCUGCAAUUAACGGAAGACGACAGAUAUCUCAUGAAUAAGUUCAAAGAACAAGUUGAUGGCGACACGUAUCUCCAUAAGGAAGAAGACCCGAGAUAUCGCGGCGCAGCAAUUCCUUCACGAGCCUUUCGUUAUUUGCAGAAUAUGACCGACUCGGGCGAUUCCGCUAAUAGUAAUCCGACAGCUAAGACAGUAAGCCCGACAAUCAAGAAACAAAAUACAAAUUCGAAAACCUUUGACGAAGAGGUAGUGCCUGUGACAUAUAUACCAGCGAGUGAGCAGCAGGUACCGGAGCCAAAGAAAUACAUGGGUGGCGCCAUACCGUCAAGGUCUUUCAAAAUACUGCAAGCAAUGACGGCCCCUGAGAGUAUCGGAAAUCAUUCUGGGAGUGAAGAGGACGUAGGACCAGAUCGUGGCUCAAAGAAUCAUAAGGAUAAAGAACGAGACAUCUCCGCUAAAUUCUUUGCUCGUAGUAAUGAUUACGAAUCUUAUAUAGCUUAUUCAACCGAAAAGUAUCCGUUAAAUAAACAAUUACACACGAGAACAUUGGGUAAUGUUAACAAUGGAGAAUAUGAUAGAAAAAAAGUCGAACUGGUGGAUGAUCAUAAAGACAUUGGUAUAGGAGGAAUGAAUGAUGAAGAAAAAACAGAAGACAAGGGGGAAAAGGAGGAAGAAAAUAAAGAAAAAGAUAAAGAAGAUGAAGAAGAAGACGAACAUUGCAGUGAAAAUAACGUUGAAAGAUGCCGGUGGAUCGAUCGGGAAAAUAAUAUUGAUAAUACGACGGUUAAUGUCAGCUUGCCUCUUAGGCCAAAAUAUUCAGUGUCAGAGAAAAACGAAGAUACGACGACAGUUAUCGUCGGGGACAGCGCCAUCGUCGCAAAUGUUGACACGUGCGUCGAUUUUACCUUCAAAAAGCUCAGUCGUCCAAUAAAAGAUGAAGAUCGGCUAAUUGGAGAAGGAGCUCGGAUUAAGCCGACUUUCAUUGUAACAGCCACUGACGAAGAUCAAUCGGAUGUAACUGAGCCAGCAGACGCAACUUACUCAUCGUAUUCGACUGUCCAGGAUAAAAGCCAGACAUUACUGAGCGUUCGCAAUCACUCGAGGGAAGAAAUAACCGACGACGACGACAGCGGCGUUACUUCCGACAUGAGUCGCAUCAUAUCCGAGGCAGACACCGACUCCGAAUGCUGUCCAGUGGCGGUGGAUGCGCUGCCCCCAUCGAGGCUCGAAAGCGCUCCAACGCUCAGAAGGAGCCUCAACAAGUAUCACCGCACGCAAACACAUUCCCGGCUGUUCAGGUUGCUGAACGAGGAGCAGCUUCAGGGCUCGGGGGGCCAGGACGAACACUCAUCGAACUCGAGCGGGCCGAGCUCACCGGACGGCAGUCGCCCGCAUGACUCAGCCUCCCUCCGCACCGCCAGGCAGCGAUUACCUACCCGACCCAAAUCCCUCGACUGCGAGGCUCUACUUAAACGUCGUCAGAAUUGUGAGCAAGACAACUACUACAGGACCUGGAAGAACGGCAGUGGCGGCGGCGGCAGCGGC